AUGAAGGCCGGGGAAAUCCAUGGAGAAGAGGAUCUCUGCUGUCCUGUGUGUUCUGACAUCUUCAGGUAUCCUGUUAUCCUGUCCUGUGGCCACAGCGUGUGUAAAGAAUGCCUGGAGACAUUUUGGAUGAAGAAGGAAACUCAAGAGUGUCCGUUUUGCCGGAGAAGAUCUUCAAACCCAGAUCCUCCCCUUAACCUGGAGUUAAAAAAGCAAUGCGAGUCUUUAAUAGCAUCAAAAAAAAUGAUCUGUAAUUUACACAAUGAGCAACUUAAAUUCUUUUGCAUUGAGGAUAAGCAGCUUUUAUGUUGGAUGUGUCAAACUUCUACAAAGCACAAGAAUCAUGAGUGUGGUUUCAUGGCUGAAGCUGCAGAUUAUUUUAAGAAGGAACUCAAAACCACACUGAAACCUCUACAUGAGAAGCUAGCCAAUUAUAGCCAUGUGAAACAAACCUACCACAAAAGCACAAGCCACAUAAAGAGUCAGACUCAACAAACAGAGUGGCAGAUAAAAGAGGAGUUUGAGAAGCUUCAUCAGUUUUUACAAGAUGAAGAAGCAGUCAGGAUCGCUGCAUUGAGACACGAAGAAGAGAGAAAUAGUCAGAUUAUGAAGAAGAAGAUUGAAGAGAUAAACAGUAAAACAGCAUCGCUUUUGGAAACUAUCAGAGACAUAGAAGAGAAUCUGAAGACUGAAGACAACUUAUUCUUGCAGAACCGUGAGUCCCUAAUGGAAAGAGCUCAGUGUUACCUGAAGGACCCACAGCUGGAACCAGGACGUCUGAUUGAUGUAGCAAAACAUCUGGGAAAUCUGAGGUUUAACGUAUGGAGGAAAAUGCAGGACAUCGUGCAGUACAGUCCUGUCAUUCUGGACCCCAACACUGCCCAUCCAUCUCUCAUCCUGUCUAAUGAUCUGACCAGUAUGACCUUCGUUGGAAAUUACACUGACGAUAAGAGGAAACGUAUUAACACAGAUAAAGAUGGGGAAAAUAGAAGUGGAAGACAUGACCCACAGCAGCUACCUGAUAAUCCAGAAAGAUUUGAUGAGUGUGUUUGUGUCCUUGGCUCUGAGGGAUUCGACUCAGGAAGCCACUGCUGGGACAUUGAUUUUGCGCAUAGCUAUUUGUGGGAGGUGGGAAUAACCACAGAAUCCAACACAAGGAAGGGAAGUCAGUUUUGUUCAGGGGUGUGGAGUUUGGAAAGCAAUUUGGGAUUUUAUAUUCGCUCCCCUGCACAACCAAAGUCUCCAUUCUCUGCAGAGGGUGGACUCCAGGGAAUCAGGAUACUGCUGGACUAUGACAGGGGGCAGGUGUCCUUCUAUGACCUUCUCAAUGACACUGAUAUAUUAACCUUUAGUCACACAUUUACAGAGAAAGUCUAUCCAUUUUUCUGGAGUGAGAUAAUUAAUUCUCCAAUUAAGAUUUUACCCAUGAAUCUAUCAGUACUCAUAGAACAGCCUGAGUAAUUGGAGGUCCAGAACUAUCUACUUAGCUAAUAAGUGUGAAGAGAAGCUGAAAAAUGUGUCUACAUGCAUGACUUAACUACUAAGAACAUGAGAAUCAGUGUUUUAUUUAAUACAAGACGAUUUAAUGCAAAUUUAAAUCAAUAACAGCACCAGUCUUCAAACAAUGACUUUAAACUGGGCAGAUCGGGCAUAUACCCAGGGUGCUUCAGACUUUAGUGGUCUUAAACAAACAAACAAACAAACAAACCAAAAAGAAAUGUUUUAUGCAAAAUCAGAAUCUAAUGUGAACACUGGCAGCACAUUUUCUUAAAUGUACCCAUUGUAUAUACAAUGUUUAAAAAUGGUCAAAAAAACUAUUGGUACUUUUAUAAAUGUA